AUGUCCAGCAGCAAUCAAAUGGUUGGUAGUAGUCAUUGGCAAGCACUACACUUCGUUCUGACAAACUGGCAGGUUGAUAAACCAGACCCACUGGUCUGCCCCGAACGGACCUCAACCAACACGUCGAAGACAACCUCAAGCACAGAAGGCCAUACCAGUCUAGAGAUGAAUGUGCCCGAGGAGCCAGCUAGACGCGGCUCGUGGCUGUUUGGCCGGCUUUCAGCAGCUCCUGUUCCGCUUUCUGCCCCUGCAACGCCGCCUCCGGAGCUGGAGGAAGGACCAGACAACCAGACGAUGACCGGCAUAGGUUGUUUGUUUUCGCAGUUGUUGCCGUCCAGACCACCUUCUCUCACUCUUGGGAGCGAAAGCAACACAGACGCCCCGAGCACCCCUAGCCAGGCGUCUGAUGCCAAUGAUUCCAAUGAUCAAGAAAAAACCCACCGUCCGAGCGAAGACUCUCUGGAGACAGCCCGAGCGACAACUUCAUCUCACACGCCAACUGUGACAUUGUCGAUGCAGGCCUUAAUCUUUGGCCAGGUCCCUCCGUUGACACCUGACACUCCAAUCCGUACAGGGUCGAAGCGCGCUCCCGGUUCUCCAUGCGCUCCCCGUCCUAAGAAGGCAAGGCGCAGUAUGGGUGUCGAUGUCGAAGACGAGGGGUACUCUGAGGCGCAAUACCAGGAGCCGGCAACUGGACAGUCACUCCAGCAUAUCCAGCAGCUCACCAUUGAUCUGGUUGGCUCUACUCGUGUUGCCAUCGACCCAGGCAACACUCCGAUUGCCGAAACCAAAACAAAUACCCAAGCUGAACUACAGCUUGGGUCACACAGCUCCUGCCAGGCCAUAUCAACCGAACAUUCUGUCAACCCUUCAUUUGCCCUUGCCAUUGAGUGGUUCUCCGAGGAUGAGAUCCUCGAACAACUAUCGGUGUUCUUGGCCGCAUACCGGGCUUUUCACCUCGAACCAGAUGCAGCCGAACAACCAAGGGUCAGAGACCCGGAAGCUGCGCAAAUGGCCAAACAAACUUUUGAGGCGAUUUUCCACCCCAAGCUGAACUCGGAGGAUGACAAGAAGUUCCUACUCCAAGAGGAAGAGGAAGAUGUCUUGACCGUUUUUACGAUAUGGGUUCGGGACAUGAAGGCCUCCUCGGACGUGGAUUGCGAACCCUUUGAGAAUGUAGCAGACUGCAUGCAAAGGGUAGCUGAUCUGUCGGCGGCCCCUUUUAUCCGACGAUUGGUGUAA